AUGGAAUCUUGCUAAAAAACACACCAUCAAAACAACAGAAUUAUUGGCAUUUGUCUAAGAUGCAAGAACAAUUACUUGAGUUGCAAGUCUUGCUUUGCCGAAUUCCAUUAUUAGCAUAACGAAGACUUUCUAUUAAUUGACAACAUCCUCUUAGUUGUAGAUUAAGUACUAUAGAAGAUAAGUCAAGCAAAUGAUUAAUUGAGAUCCCAAAAAUUAUUCGAAUUUGGUACCUUUAUCAAAUCAAAAUAUUCUCAACUUAAAGAGAUUGUCACUAAAUUCAUGAAUUAAAACAAUUAAUUAAAUCUAUUACUUGUUCAGAUGUUUAACAACAACAUUCAAGAUAAUACACUAAAUGAAAUCUUGUGCCAGUUAAUUGUGCAGGCUUAGAGCUUCAGUGAAUAGGAAUUAUAGAAUAUUAACAAAAUUUUUAUUGAAUCAUUUCAAUAGGUGUCAUUGGACAAUUAGAUUAGAGAAAUGCUAGAUAGAUGUUUCCUCCUAUGCUCAAUUCAAAAAUAUCCAGAAGCACAUAAGUUGUCCUAAGCAUUGAUAAAAUUAACAAGUAAAAAAUAAUUUCUCAAAACAUAACUUUCAUAAUUAAAUAACAUCCCUAAUUAGGAAAUUUGGAGUUUAGAAUGCUUAUUCGGAAGAAACCUCUACCUUUUAAAAAAAUAUAAUCUGAGUAUUGAUUACUUCUAGAAAUUAUUGUAAUAAGAUCAGAAUGAACACAUCCUCGCAGAAAGUUAUAUAUAUCUCAGUCUUAACUUAAUUUAGACCAAAAAAUAUGCUGAAGCUUUGAAUGAGCUUGCCAUAUAUCGUACUUUGAACCCUCAAAAUAUCCUCAUUAAUUUUUUUGAAGGAUUUGCUUUAGAAAGAAUGAAUGAGAUACACGAUGCUAUUUCGAAAUAUUAGGAAUUGGCUCUGACAACUAAUGAUUUAUUGUACAAUUUAGCUUAUGGAAAAAUCUUACUUUAAGCAGAGUUUUACGAUUAAGCCGAGGAAAUAUUUGAAAGAAUCAUUUAAAGUAAUAAUCAAAAUGAGAUUGCCUAAAUUUACAAAUGUAUGUGUGCAUUUUAUAAAGGUUUAACCCUAUUAAUAGGAAAGAAAGUAGAAAAGGCUCUGAAACAAUCAGAGAAAUUGAUUGAUACCAAGCAAGAGAGUGUUUAUGGAUAUGUAUUGAAAGGUACAAAAUUAGAGAUUUUAAUUUAAUAGGAAUUAUUUUAAAGAUAUAAAAAAAGAAUGAGGAAGUUAUUACUAUAAGCAAUUAAUUGA